AUGGCUGGGGGGAAUCACACCACAGUGACCGAAUUCAUCCUCUUGGGAUUCACAGAUGACCCCCAGACCCAACUUAUCCUCUUCGUGGUGUUCCUAGGUAUCUACAUCAUCACCCUCAUUGGGAACCUUGGGAUGAUUGCCCUGAUCCAUCUAGAGGCCAGCCUUCACAACCCCAUGUACUUUUUCCUCAGUAACCUGUCCUUCUCAGAUCUCUGCUACUCCACCGUUGUGGUCCCCAAGACACUGGAAAAUUUCUUGGCUGAGAGGAAAGCCAUUUCGUUUACUGGCUGUGCCACCCAGUUUUAUUUCUAUGCUGUGUUUGCCACUGUGGAGUGUCUCCUACUGGCUGCCAUGGCAUACGACCGCUACGUGGCCAUCUGUAACCCACUGCUAUAUCCAGUUCUCAUGUCCCGGAAGGUCUGCAUCUGGCUGGUGGUGGCUUCCUACCUGGUGGGUUGCGCCAAUGGUCUAAUACACACCAACACCACCUUUCGCCUCCCCUUCUGCACCUCCAAUGUCAUUGAUCAUUUCUUCUGCGAUGUGCCCUUGAUACUGAAGCUCUCCUGCUCUGACACUCUGGUCAACCAAGUCCUGCUCUUCAUCAUCUCCUCCUUGAUUGGUCUUUGCUCCUUCAUCACCAUCUUUGUCUCCUACAUGUACAUCUUAAUCAGCAUCUUGCGGAUCCAUUCUACCGAGGGCAGGUACAAGGCCUUCUCUACCUGCACCUCCCAUCUGACAGCUGUCACUUUGUUCUACACCACCAUCCUUUUCAUCUACCUGAGGCCCAGAUCCAGCUACUCUGAAGGGCAAGACCAAGUAGCUGCUGUCUUCUACACAGUGGUGAUCCCUAUGAUGAACCCCUUGAUCUACAGUUUGAGAAAUAAGGAAGUGAAGGAUGCCCUGAAGAGGAUAGUACGGAGGAAGGGAUCCUCUAUAGGGACAUAA